CGCCGCUCUUGCUGUCGGCAGUGUGUCCGAAUGACGGCUUUUUUCUGAACCUGCCACUCAGGCACUUGCUGCUACUCGAUGUCGAACUGGAGGAGCUAUGGAAGAUGGAGAAGCGCAGUUCACAGGACGUGCAGCGGAGGGUGUGGUCUUUGACUCUGCCGCGUGUGGGCGGUAUCUGAUGCACACAGCGGUGUUGAGGAGCCUUGCGGUGCGUGCCGGGCUGUGGUCCAGUGUGGAACGCGUGACACGGGUGGCGAGCGAGCUUUUUUCUCGCUGGGCAGCUGCUCGCGUGCAAGGAACACCUUUCUCUCGAACAGCGACGGAGAAGGGAGACAUGUCUGCACUCAGUGCGUCGCCGCUGGUGGUGCGUGGUGGACUGAGCAAGCUGGAAUACGUGGCGCGUGAUGAGCGGACGGUGCACGAUGAGCUGGUGCGGGCGUUGCAUGCAGGCCCGUUGUACCACGGCCUGCGGCCAGCAUGCAGUGUGACGGAACUGUCACGGAAGGAGACGCGGAAGCGGCGGCUGCGCGGGCUGGACGUACUGCUGAAGCAGAGCAAAAAUCUCUCGCACAUGAUGUGGGCACAGCCGGUAGAUCGCAUCCGGAUGUCGGUGGCCAAGCAGCUGUGGUCGGCGCCACAGUACUGGGCCCUGGCGGCGUCUGCGCCUUCCAAGUCCGGCGCGGCACCGACGAUGUCGUUCCUGGAGAAGGGCAAGGUAGUGCGCUACAUGAUGUGGGCGUGGGUGGUCGAGACUGCACACUCUGGUGCGGGCGCGAUUGCCGCCGGCGACCUUGAGGCGGUGCGGUGCUAUCGUUUGUCCGCGACUGGCGCGCUAGUGCGGCGCGGGAUAACCGAGACGCUCACGGGGCUGCAGCUGCAGCAGAGAGGGAUGCUGGAGACCGAGUCGCUGGAGCUGGAGCUGGGCGAGUGCCUAAAGGCGUUGGCGGCGGUGGCGUCGCUGCUGGUGCCGCCAGAGGCCGGCAAGUGGGACGAGGCAUGGCCGGGACAAGUGCAUGUCUUUGAUGUCGACGAGCUCAUUUCGUUGCUGGCGACGCUCUUGGCGCGGGCUGUGGGCAAUGGCAUGAAGGUGUGCCAGGAGGCGCUCAAGAGCGGCGAGAAGGCGAAGGCCGUGCUGAAGUUACCUGUCGUGCUGGGCAACUUUGUGAGCACGAUGUACAACAUGGUGCGACGGCAAGUGGCACAGGACCGGCGGAACAAGUCGCAGAUUGUGCUCACCAUUCUCGACAAGGCGGUGCGGAUCGGGGCGUCGGGAGGGGGAACCGAUGCGCGGACUUGGCAGGCGUGCCAGGUCGUCGACCACUUUGCCGAGCUCUUCCAUAUUCCGCGCCACAAGCUCGACAUCCCGCGGAACCGGAAGUGGUGGACGCGCCACCUGGAGCGCGGCAAGGUGUUCAAGUACGCAGGACGGUUUGUGGUGCCGCAGCAUGCAGACCUCGCCCAACUCGACGUCUCGUCGGAUGUGCUCAAGGCAGUGUGGGACUUUCAGCGACGCGGCUCGCUCUCGGGGCGGGUCUUUGUCUGCGUCUGCCUCGGGCAGGAUCCAAGCAAGCCGCCGGGCAUGCCGCGCUACAAGCAGCGUCUGGGUGCGGCGGUUGUAGAGCCCGAAGCCGUGGUCGAGGCUGACGACGGCGCGGCCGAGCCGCCGCUGCCCGCGCCAGGCACAGGCACGACCAAAGUAGUCACCAUGCUUGCCGAGUUUGUGGAGGCGGAGCUGACGGAACUGCUGAUGAGCAUGCAGCCGCCGAAGAAGAACGCGCCUGUGUGCGGCAGAAGCGCGGCGAUGUGCACGCCGGCGGAGGUGGCGGUGGCGGUCCAGCCGGAGGUCUCGCCGGGCGGGCGGCCUGGCUCUGCGUUUGUGGUACCCGGGCUGUCACCGCUGCGGCUGGCCGCGGCAGACGAGAUGCUGAGCACUGUCGAGUGUUUGGGUGGGACGAUGCCGAACCCGCUCACCCCCCUUGAUCCUACGCGGGUGCGACGGCGAGUGCGUAAGCGCAAGCGGCGGCGGCAUUCCUCGGGGACAGACAGCGAGCUCAUCACUGUGCCGACAGCCCCAAUCACGCCCGGAAAAGUCGCUCCGGGCAAGAUUGAGCUAGUGCGUACGCCAAAGCGACCUCGCGGGCUGUGCCAGCCGAAGCGGCUCUUUGUUUAGCCCUUUACGGUACGAAAUGAACACAUUUGUCCAUCACA